CACAUUUCAAAUGUCGUCAGCAAAUAUGGAUCCGAUCAGUGCAGUACUUCAACUUAGCGGCGCUGUCAUUUCUUCAUGCAGCAACUACCUCACUGCGGUCAAGGGGGCGCCGGCUUAUCUUCGAAUUAUUGUGUCAGAGGUCGCGGCUUUGCAAUCAGUGGUCGGCUUGCUGGACCUACCCUUCGCUACUUCGGGAAAUGCCAAUGGGAAUCUCCAGGAGAUAUUGAACAGCCCUGAUAGUCCUCUGAAAGCAUGUCAGAAGGCUCUGCAAGAGCUGUGUGAUCUGCUGAAUGUGACUGCGGCAGCGCCUGCCGCAACUAGUUCAAGCAGUAACCCCACCUCAACCCUAACUGGCAGUCCGCCUGCCACUUCAGGAUCGCAAAAGAAGUUGCGAAUUAACAAAGUAUUGUCGAUUCGUUUAUUAACCAAGGUCAAAGAGCAACGUGCAGAGCUGGUUUGGCCACUGAAGCAAAACAGAGCUAAGGCCUUGCUCGCCGAGAUUUCACAAUACAAAUCGACGAUCAGCCUUGCGUUGGCUGUCGAUUCGAGAACUUCCGUUGGCAACGUUUUGUCGCAAGUAGAUAAACUUGGCCACCACAAUCAAGGGAAUACAAAUAGAGCCCAGAUCGAGCAGGUCCUGUCAUGGCUAGAUGCUCCAAAUGUCGCCAACAACCACUUCCGGGCCAUAACAGUGCGCUGUCCUGGAACAUGCUUAUGGGUAUUUUCGCAUUCCCAUUACCAGCAAUGGAUUUUGGAAGGGGGGUUGUUGUGGUUAAACGGCAUUGCUGGUUCCGGAAAGACUAUUAUCUCCUCUGCCAUCAUUCAACAGCUGCAGCUUGAUUCUGCUUCCGACAACCUAACAGUUCUCUACUUCUACUUUGGCUACACAGAUUUUGGGAAGCGGACUAUACGAAGCCUUCUGCUAUCCAUCAUUUCUCAAAUCAUAACGCAAAAGGAUGCCGCCAUGGUCAAGCUGAAUAUGUGGGUCUCUUCACGGCCAGGUCCGCGGUUUUUCGCACUAUCUCAAGCUUCGACCACUUCCGAAUUCCUGGAGAGCUUGGUCGCGAAGUUGGCCGAAAACCAAAAGAUCGUUCUCGUUGUGGAUGCCGUCGAUGAAAGUGAGGAAACUCAAAACGUCACGUGACUUCUCGUCCGCCUACAUGUGAUUUCUGAUCAUGCUUUUGUACGUAAUCUAAUUACACGUGGAAGCACGUAAGCUCGUUCGAGCCUAUUAAAGGACCCGAACGUGCAGGAAUGGAAACGUUACGUC